CGCGUGCGCUGAGCGAGCGACGAGCCUGCGCCGCGCAGCCUAGACCGGAAGCUGAGCGCUGAGCGCGAACCUGCGCCAAGAUGAACCCUUUAACUAAGGUGAAGCUGAUCAACGAGCUGAAUGAGCGAGAGGUCCAGCUUGGGGUGGCGGAGAAGGUUUCCUGGCAUACCGAGUACAAGGACAGCGCCUGGAUCUUUCUGGGAGGGCUUCCUUAUGAACUGACUGAAGGGGACAUCAUCUGUGUCUUCUCACAGUAUGGGGAGAUUGUUAAUAUUAACCUUGUGCGAGACAAAAAGACUGGGAAAUCCAAGGGAUUCUGUUUCCUCUGCUAUGAAGACCAGAGAAGCACAAUUCUGGCUGUUGACAAUUUGAAUGGAAUUAAGAUCAAAGGUAGAACUAUCCGCGUGGACCAUGUGUCUAACUAUCGGGCUCCUAAGGACAUAGAUGAAAUGGACAACAUGACCAGAGAGCUCCAGCAAAAGGGCUAUGGGACUAACACCCCACCACUGAGUUCAUCUGAGGGCUCUGGAGAUGACAAACCUACAAAAAGUCACAAAAAAGACAAAAAAGAAAAAAAGCAAAAAAAGAAAGAAAAAGAGAAGACUAAGCAGGAGGUACAGGCAGAGCAGCCAUCUUCUUCUUCACCUCACAGAAGCAGGAUGAUAAAGGAAAAGGAUGAACCUGGCCCUAAGAAGCACAGCAGCAAAACUGUGGAGAAGGUUCAGAAGCCCGAGACCAGAGAGCACAGGAAGCACUACCCAGGCUUCCCUGAGGUCAGGACUUCCUCCCGUGGUGGAGCAGAGGACCCAGAGAAGGAGCCAAAGAAGGACAAACCCAGGCAUGAGCACAAGUCCUCAAGCAGGAAGGAAGUGAGAGAAGACAAGUACAGGGAUCGAGACAGAGAACGAAGCUCAGACACACAUUUUAGCCGGCGCAGCGGGCAUUCUGAAGGGAGGAGUCAUAGAAGUAGAAGUAGGAGCCGAGAUAAAUACCAUAGGCAUAAAAAGGUCCAUCACUCCUGGGAGCAGGAGUCCUCUCAUCUCAGUGAUCGCAGGCAUCACUGAAGUCUCCUUCUGCCCAGUUGAUUUGAAUAUGUAAUGAAAUUCAGUGCUGCUGUUACUAUUUGUGUGUAUAAAAUCUCUGGGGCUGAAUUCUUUUAAUCUCUUGCAUAGAUUCGUUGAGAGGGCUGUACUUUCAACAGUCAGAUAUCCUGAAUUUAGCAUGAGCAAUUGUUGCUGGGAAUAUACCUGGAACUUUAGAGUAUGUGUCCUAAAUUUUGAUUUGUAAACACGGCCCUUGAACCCACAGAUCCCAAUUUUAGAUGAAUUUGCCAGAAAAGGGAAAAUACUAGGUAACUCUAGAAUUGUAGUCUUUAUGUUAGAUGUUUAGAAAUGAACAUUGUAUGACCUUUCCAGUUGGCAGAUAGAAUACGGAAGUGUGGCUCGCUAGGUUCAGAUUGUUUCACGUGGAUGUGAUAAGAUCUUUUUUUUGUUUUGUUUUGUUUUGAGACAGGGUGUCUUUAUGCAGUUCAUUGUGCUCACUUUCUAGCCCAGGC